GCCUCUAGAGGUUUGCCUAUUAAUUCUCCGAGUGACCGGCGCGGCCGAGCCAUUGCCAUCAGUCCAUCACAACGCGCCCUGGGUUUCCAUCUUCAUCUCAACCUGCAGGUAGGCCGACCUUACGAGAUCCGGCGAUGCAGAAAAAGAGCGCCAAGAAAGGCACCAAGGGUGUCGGCGAACCAAACAAGACUAUGGAUUCUAGCGGUGGCAGCGUACCAAAGAAGGCGAGAACAACAACCACUGCCAAGGAGGAAGAAGAGAUCUUCAACGUCUUCUCCCUUGAGAUGGAUUCUCUGGAAUGCGACGUGUGCUUUUUACCAUUUGAGUCGCAAAUUUACUCGUGCAAGAACGGGCACGCCGCGUGCGGCAGCUGCUGCAUCAGCAUGCGCCGGAAGUGCCCCACCUGCAGCGAGCCCGUCGGCGACUUCCGGUGCCGUGCCAUGGAGAAGAUCCUCGCCGGCAUGACCAGGCCAUGCCGGUUCAACAAGCAUGGAUGCACGGAGACCGUCCGGUACACGGAGGCGCGCGCCCACGAGGAGGAGGCAUGCCGCUUCGCGCCCUACAGCUGCCCGUUCGACGGCUGCGCCUACCGCGGCCGCCUCCUCUACGGUCACAUCCUUGACGCCCACGCGCCAGCCGGCGACGCCGCCACCUUCAAAAAGUGUACCACUUCCAACGCCAUGGUCGUCACGGUGACCCUACAGAAGUCGACGCCCUUCCGCACGCUGCUCCACCCCGACGAGGAGAGCGUGUUCCUCCUGCUCAACGGCGGCGACGUCCCCACGGCCCGCUCGCUCUCGGUGGUCCGCGUCUGCCCAUACGGGGCCGAGGUGGAUCAGAAGGCGGAGUCAACUGCAGGGGUAUUGCUGUGGUGGUCGUUGUCGGCGCGUUUGGAACUGCAGUUCGUCCGUCAGCUGCAGGGGUACAAGGCCAAACGCUUCCUGUUCGUACCCGACGAUUUCUGGGGCUCAACGGAUAGCUUGGACGUCACCGUGUGUCUCUGGUGAUGUUCUUCAGCCAAUCUGUUUCGUCUCUGCUCCAUGCUGUGUUUCCUUCUCUGACGUUAGUGUUGUCAUUAUCUGCUGAAAAUCCCUAGACAUUCUAUUGGCGUUAGUGUUAUCUCGGAAGUCUGUAGUUGUAUGCAGUUGGCGAUGUGGAAUUAUGCAUGCAUGGCCUCUUGCUUCAGCACCUGUUGCACACCUAUUAUGGUAUUAUUGGAUCUACUACCCUAGUA